CCCUAAUUUCAACAAACGGCGUUGCCAGAUCCCAGCGAAAAGCUGCUCAGCUGUUAGAAGCAUUUGACUUUUUUUUGACUUUGGUACAUUUUCUUAUUGGAGGAUUCAAUUGGCGAAAAAAUAAUGCGUAAUGUGCCGAAAUCACUCGGUCUCUCGGUCACAACUCCAGGCGGCAGUUCGGGGGCUCCGGACAGCGGACGCCACAACAGCUUGGAGGACAUAAAUCUGGACCAGUUCCUGAAGACGUCCAACUACGAGGACACGGUGAAGCAGCUGGACAUCUACUAUGGCAUCGUCAAGCGUCAGUUGCUGCGCUACCAGAGCCCCAUCACCGGCCUGUUUCCCGUGAUGAGCACCGACCAGGUGGUGGGAUCCGUGCGAGACAGUGUCUACUGUGCCUCCGCCGUUUGGAGUUUGUACCAGGCCUACAGGCGGAUCGACGAUGACCGCGGAAAGUCCUACGAACUGGGCCAGAGCACCGUCAAGUGCAUGCGAGGCAUCCUGGAGUGCUGGGUCAAGCAGGCGUCGCGGGUGGAGCUCUUCAAGCAGCGCCAGUCCAACCAGCAUGCCCUCCACAGCAAGUUCCAGCUGCACACCGGCGAGAAGAUCUACCCGGAUGAGUUUUACAACCAUCUGCAGAUCGAUUGCGUUUCCCUCUACCUGCUGUUCCUUGUCCAGAUGAUAACCUCCGGCCUGCAGAUCAUCUACACCCACGACGAGGUGGCCUUUGUUCAGAAUCUCGUUUACUACGUGGAGCGCGCCUAUCGUACACCCGACUUUGGCAUGUGGGAGCGGGGCUCCAAGUACAACAAUGGCACCCCGGAGAUCCAUGCCUCCUCCAUUGGCAUGGCCAAGUCCGCCCUGGAGGCCAUCAACGGAUGCAACCUGUUCGGCGAGAAGGGAGCUUCGUGGAGCGUUGUCUAUGUGGACAUUGAUGCCCACAACCGCAAUCGCAGUAUUUUCGAAACCAUGCUGCCCAGGGAGUCCAGUUCAAAGGGAGUGGAUGCUUCCCUGCUGCUCACCCUAUCCUUCCCAGCCUUUGCCUCGCAUGAGGAUCGGCUGGUGGAGCAGACCAAACAGAAUGUGGUAAAUCGUUUGCGCUGCAAAAUGGGCUUCAAGCGCUUCACCCGCGAUGGUUUCCUCAGCAAAAACGAGGACAAAUCUCGGCGCUACUAUCAUUCUGGGGAGCUAAAGGAAUUCGAAGGCCUUGAGUGCGAAUGGCCGCUCUUCUUUAUAGCCAUGAUCAUCGAUGGCGUAUUCAAGAACAACAACGAACAGAUCGAGGAGUUCCAGAACGACCUGCGGCGCUGUUUGCGCACAGAUGUCAAUGGAGAUCCCGUGGUGACGAUGUACUACGCCCCGGAUGGAGAUGGCUCCUACAUGCGUGCUCCUUCGCAAUCGCUGUUUCUCUGGGGACAGUCCUUCUUCAUCAUUGCCCAGCUGCUAACCGCAGGGCUGCUGCACAUCAACGAAUUGGAUCCAAUUCGCCGCUACUUGCCAAGCUACAAUCGCCCCAGAAGGGCGGGUCGGUAUUCGGCCUUCCAGAAACCACGCAUUCCUAUAAUAUUGGAUGACAAGAAGGGAACUGCCACUGAUCUUGUGGUGCAGAUUGUCCUGAUUGCUGAGUCCAUGCGACUGCAGGCUAUGAUGGCCACCUAUGGAAUUCAAACACAGACGCCACAUGAGGUUGAACCUGUGCAAAUCUGGAGCUCCACAGAGCUCAUUAAAGUCUAUCAACAUCUUGGAGUCAACAACAAGGUUGGCUUGUCCGGUCGUCCAUCGAGACCCGUGGGUUCCUUGGGCACCAGCAAGGUGUACCGAAUCUGCGGCAUGACCGUUCUCUGCUACCCACUGAUCUUCGAGGUCUCCGACUUUUAUCUCUACCGGGACAUGGCUCUGCUAAUUGACGACAUCAAGACAGAGCUACAGUUUGUGGGCAAGUACUGGCGCUUAUCGGGUCGGCCCACGGUUUGCCUUCUCAUCCGGGAGGAGCACAUGCGGGAUCCGCAGUUUAAGGAGAUGCUCGACCUGCUGGCCAUGCUCAAAAAGGGCUACUGCGAUGGCAUGAAAGUUCGCAUCGGUCGUCUGCAGAAUCUGAUCAGCAGUUCGUGCAUCGAGCAUCUGGAUUUCAUGAACCAAAGUGAUCUGACCGAUAACGAGAAUGCAUUCUCGCAGAUAAACCAUGAGUACAUUGGCUAUCAAUCGCUGACAGAUGUGCCCAAAGCACUUACUUAUGUGGAGGAGAAGAUUUCCGUUGCGCACUUUGAUACCAAACCCACGCCGGACAUCAUCAAUGCUCUGCGGAACACGGAUUCCAUUUACUGUCUGUGCCAAUUGUGGGGUAUUAUUCUCAACCGCGAGGGUCCGCACUUCGAGGUCAACGGCUUGAAUGUAAGCACGGCCUUGACCCAGCUCUACCAUCGCGCAGGUUCCCUUCGCUACUGGCGGGCUGUGCGAUACUGCUCCUCUCUUCUCCACCACAUUGUGGACUCAAUCAGUCCUUUUAUUACCACUGUGCUGGUGAAUGGCAAGGAACUCACAGUGGGCAUCAUUGGCCAGAAGGAGACGGUGUUCGAUAAGCCCAUGACGCCGGCGGAGAUCCAAAAUGUCAUGUACACUAGUGUCCAGCCAUACGACGUCAUUCAGGCGGUGCUGCAGCAGGAAGUGGUUCUGUAUUGUGGCCGUCUGAUAGCCACCAAUCCAUCCAUGUUCCGUGGCAUACUGAAAAUUCGCAUUGGUUGGGUGCUGGAGGCCAUGCGAAUCUAUCUACAAAUCUCAGGUCAACAAAGCAUCGAUGUGGACAAUCUCUCGCCCUUCCAAGUCCGCAUACUUCUUCAGAAAGUUCUAACUGUCAGCGAGUGGGCUGUGGAGGAAAAGCUUACCACCCUGCAACGUCGUCAGCUUGAGGGCUGCUUGUGCCGCGUGCCAAAACAUUUCUACAACAAAAUCUGGGAGAUCCUUCAGCGAACACCUCAGGGCAUUUUGACCCAGGGUCAUCACCUGCCAGCCACACCCACACUGACCAACAUGAGUCGCGGCGAGUUGACCUUUAAUCUGCUGGUCGAGGAGACUCUGAUUUGCAUUGACCGUCCGGAAAGGCGUCAGAUAACCGUGGAGCUGCUUUGCAUUGUGGCCACAAUUCUCAAUCGCAAUCCUGAGCUGCACUUCAAACAAGCUCUAGACUUGGACGACAUCCUGGCUGAGGCGUUUGCGAUGUACUGCAAGGACAACAACAUACAGCACCAACCGAAGCCGCAAUCUCAGCAGACCAAGAACGAGGAUCUCAAGGCUUUCUACUCGCUGCCAUAUUCAGAGACCACGGGCUAUUUGGCUCGCGCCGCCGUCAACAAGGUCUUGCAGGGCGGCAUCUUCUCCACCAACGAUGAGGAAGUUCAGCUAGAUGGCGAUCGUUUGUUUGACGACAACUGCAAGGUGUCUUAAGCGCAGAGACCUCGAAACCAGAUUAUGUACAUAUAUAUCGCACAGUUUGGCAUAUCUUCGUUGCACUGACCCACCACUAGCUCGAAUUUUGCGGCUAUUUUAUUCUGUUACUCUUAUUUAACUUGUCUCUCUCUGUGUCCCUCGCCGUUCGCCUAGUUCUUAAUUAAAUGUUAUGUAUAUUUUGUUGCAAUAA